AGAUAAAAUUAGAGAAAGCUGAAGAAUGUUAGAUUCCAAUUUCAGCGAACACGCUGUUGUUGAAGUGCAACACGAAAUUCAACCAUCCAUAAAUUAGAUUACAAAUAAGAACCUCCCCGACUCCAAGCCUAAACCUGACUAACCCAAACAAAGCCGAGGGAUUAAGGAAAUGCUUUCUGAUUUUAUUUAAAAACAACACGAAAUCAAAGCGAAUAAACCCCUCCUCUCGUUGGAAAGCCUUCUCAGAAAUGCAGGGAUUCAAAGCACCCGUCACUUUCCAUGUUCGACUUCUCUUCGUUUCACUCUGUCUUUUCACCUUCUCUUCCUCUCUCAAGAUCGGAGAAACUUGCUCCUCCGCCGACAAAUGCGAUUCCGGUUUGAUAUGUGAUACUUGCGUCGCAAAUGGAAAUACGCGGCCAAGAUGUACUCGUGUCAAGCCUAUUAAUCCAACAUCCAAGGUGAAAGGGCUUCCAUUCAAUCGUUACUCAUGGCUUACGACUCACAACUCCUUCGCUCGUACCGGCGAGAAAUCGGAUACCGGAACGAGCAUAUUGGUGGCUCCAACCAAUCAGGAAGAUACGGUCACCAGUCAACUAAACAAUGGAGUUCGUGGGUUAAUGUUGGAUAUGUACGACUUUCAGAAUGAUGUUUGGUUGUGCCACUCCUUUGGUGGCCAGUGUUUGAAUGCCACUUCCUUUCAACCGGCAAUCAAUGUGUUGAGAGAAAUUGAAAAGUUUUUGGGAGCAAACCCAGAAGAGAUUGUCACAAUCUUCAUUGAAGACUAUGUGAAGUCUCCACAAGGCUUGAGCAAGGUGUUCAAUGCUUCUGGACUGCACAAGUACUGGUUUCCUAUGUCCAGAAUGCCUAAAAAAGGCGACGACUGGCCAACUGUAGAUGACAUGGUGAAGAAAAACCAGAGACUUGUAGUUUUCUCCUCUAAACAAUCGAAAGAGGCCUCGGACGGCAUCGCUUAUGAGUGGCGCUAUGUUGUCGAAAGCCAGUAUGGAGAUGAAGGAAAGAAACCUGGAUCUUGUCCAAACAGGGCAGAGUCGCCUCCAAUGAAUACAAAAACCAUACCAUUGGUCCUCAUGAACUAUUUUACCACUAAUCCCAACAGAACAGGCGUUUGCGCAGAUAAUUCAGCAUCAUUAAUUAGCAUGAUGAAUACUUGCCACCAAGCAGCCGGCAAUCGGUGGCCAAAUUUCAUUGCUGUUGAUUUCUAUCGGAGGAGCGAUGGUGGAGGUGCUCCAGAAGCUGUGGAUGUAGCCAAUGGGCACCUCACUUGCGGGUGUAAUAAUAUCGCCUAUUGCAAGGGAAAUACGACAGGAGUAUGCCAUAACCCACCAAUUUCUCCCCCGCCACCAGCUGCUUUGGAUAGUCCAGCACAAGGUGCAGGUACGGGUGCUGACUCCGGCAAUGCAAACAUCAAUGGCAAACCAGUCGAGCUCAGGUGGUUGUUUGGAGCAGUUUUGGGCAUCACACUGUUAUUACGCUUCAAUUAGUGAUUAUUCUCAGUCCUCCCUUCUAUCCGAUGAUAUUGAUAACCAGUUUGUUGGUUUCAAUCUCCUUACUACGUAUCCAAAUCAUAAUGUUCAAAUCCAAAUGCAUUCGAGAAUGGUUCUGAGAGUUGUUUUAUUUUAAACGAAUAGUUUUCUUACUGGCUCUUUUAGCAAUCCUGAUAUCUUAUAAAAAGGAACAA